AUGAGCUCGACAUCAGAUCAGCCGAUCCCUCUCUGGUUGGACUGCGAUCCUGGCCACGAUGACGCUUUUGCAAUUCUAAUUGCUGCUCACCAUCCAUCCCUGGAUCUCCUUGGUAUCACCACGAUCCAUGGAAAUGCUUCACUGGAGAACACUACCAUCAAUGCCACGAGGGUCCUUGAGGCAAUUGGUAGGCCAGAAGUUCCUGUCUAUCCGGGAACUACGAAGCCAUUUUGCCGGCCCGCAGUGCAUGCCCCAAAUAUCCAUGGCGACUCGGGGAUCGACGGCACUGAGCUUCUACCCAAGGCCUCAAGAGCACCGAUUACGGACAAGAAUCCAAUCCUCGCCAUGCGUGAUGCGCUGAUGGCGCGGCCCAAAGGUACCCCCUGGGUCAUAGCUACGGGCACGUUGACCAAUGUUGCCUUGUUAUUCGCGACCUUCCCCGAAGUCGCGGCGCAUAUCAAAGGGUUGAGCAUCAUGGGAGGCGGCGUUGGCGAGGGGUUUUCCGAGGCCCCCAUCAGUAGACUGGACGGGCACGAGAACAGGAUUGGCAAUGUGACUCCCCUGGCAGAGUUCAACAUCUACUGCGAUCCUGAAUCUUCUCAAUCUAUCUUCAGCAACCCCGUCCUUGCCCCAAAGACAUUCCUCAUCACACUAGAUCUAACGCACCAAGUGCUCGCCUCGAGGGACGUACAAACCCGCAUCCUACACGGGGACGGCGACCCAUCUACACCCCCCACUACACUCCGCCAGAUGCUCUAUGAACUAUUACUCUUCUUUGCCUCAACCUACGAAACCGAAUUUGGCCUGACGACAGGCCCUCCACUCCAUGACCCUCUCGCCGUGGCUGUGAUUCUCUCCACGCUCAACCCCGACUUCACUAAUAGAAACCCCGCCAAAACUCUCAAAUUCGACGACCGCAACGGAGAACGGUUCUCCGUUAAUGUCAUCACUGACGGUCUGCAUGGGUCGGAUAUUGCCCUUGUCGGGCCACUGGGUCGCUCGGUUGUUGCAAGCAAUCCCACUGGGGUGACUAUUCCCCGCGCUGUCGAUCUCGAGGCGUUCUGGGGUUUGAUAUUGGAUUGCAUUAGACGCGCAGAUGAGUGUAACGCUGCGCGGGCAGCAGCUUGA